CGAAAAACAUGGAUCAAAUGAGUCAAGCACUAACAUCAGGCACGGUCUUGCUGCGAUCGGUAAGCAUAUUUUUAAGUAAUCGACGGCAGAGCAAGCAGCUUAAAGAAAAAGCUGAGAAAGGUGAAAAGAAAAAGAAGGGAAAGAAAUUAACAAAAAUGGAUGAACAGCUUGGCAAGCUACAGCCAAAAGUACUCGAGAGUCUAAAGCGAAAGACACAUUUUAAUAAAAAUGAACUAGAAACUUUAUCAAGGAUAUACCGUAAAUUAGUAUCAAAUUGCCCAAUAACAAGCAGACAACUUGCAAUGAAUCCCGGUAUGAUGAUCAACAAGCAAAGUACAUCGAUUGAGGGAAUCGACAGGUCUGUCUUCCGUGAGUUAUUACACAGCACAUUUGAUAUAGUCACAGAGGAAGCGCUGAUGGAGAGAAUAUUCUGCACAUGGGAUAAAGGUUAUGAAGGACUUCCAAUUCGUCUGGAAGGAUGGAUUUGUGGACUGUCUGUGUUUUUAAAGGGAACUCUGACUGAGAAACUUCAAUUUUGUUUCCGAAUUUACGAUCUGAAUAAUGAUAAUUUUAUCACGCGAGACGAAAUGUUUGCAUUAUUAAGGAACUCAUUAAUGAAGCACCCUGGUGACGAUGAUGAAACCAGAGAAGAAAGUGUCAAAGACUUAGUUGAAAUUGCACUUAGAAAAUUCGAUGUAGAUAAAGAUGGUAAAGUAAGUUUUAUGGACUAUACAACUGCAGUAAAAGCUGAUAUUCUUUUAUUGGAAGCAUUUGGACAAGUACUACCAACCGACGGUGCUGUAAAUAGCUUUUUAUCUACAUUACAAUAAAUUCCUUCAUAAAUUCUAGUUAAAUUGAGGCAGAAGAGUUUAAACUUUUAACUUCGAUACUUUAAUCGUGAAUUUUUAGGGGCAUAACAAACUUGGCGAAUGUUUCAUUCAAUUAUGUAAAUUUUUGGUUUUUCCCUGACAAAAUGGCAUUCCAAUGAAAUAACGAAGAGUUUGGUCAACACUUACAUAAUCAAAGGGGAUAAAGCAUAAAACGUCAUUACCAUUUUCUCGUACACGAGAGUCAAUUAGAUUUGCAUUUAUAUUAAUUAUCGUUUAGAAAUAUUUUAAAAAUGUUAAGUGAAGAUUAUAGCAACA